AUGGCGCCGACCGGCUCUCCGACCCCUGCGCCGACAGCUGCGCCUACGUCUGCCCCGACACUGGCGCCGACAAUGCCGUUCAGUUCUGGCAUUUCUGGUGUCAUGGCGCCAAUGGCGCCAGUGGUGACGAGCGCAGUGGGUGACCCACAUCUGGUCAAUGUACAAGGGCAGCAUUUCGAUUUGAUGAAGCCUGGCAUCCACGUCCUUCUUCAUGUGCCCUUGAGGGCGCGCCAAUCGAAUGUGCUCCUCGCUGUGGCAGCUGACGCUCAGCAAAUAGGCGGCGCUUGCGCGGACACAUACUUCAUGAGCGUCAACAUCACGGGAAAAUGGGCGGAGUCCAAGGCCCAUCAGUUCGGGCAUGCCGAUGGCAUUGGGCUCUUUUUCGCCGCAGGUCAGGGGGCAGCCCACACGGGCACGAAGUGGAUGUCCUUCGGGAAGAUCCAGUUGAAGGUGAUUCACGGCCGCACCCUCGGGGGGACUCCGUACCUGAAUUUCUUCGCACGUAAUUUGAAAAAGGCGGGACAUCUCGUGGGCGGGCUCCUCGGGGAGGAUGACCACUCUGAGGUGGCCACCCCGAGUACAGAGUGCAGAAAGGUCAUGGAAGUCUGA